AUGGACUACCAAGCGCAGAUUGCAAGCUUACAAAAGACCAGAUCGGUGAUGGAGACAAUACAUCAAUCGACAUUGAAGAUAUAUCAGGAUAUUCAGGUGGCACGGAACAACAAUGAAGUGAUUCUAAAUGAGGCCAGCGAGGCCAGAAAUGUGGUUCAGGGGCUUGGGAAUGAAAAAGAGAAAUAA